AUGAUCAAGCAAUUCCUAAGUAAACUUCCUCGGAAAACAUCGAAGACCGACUCGGACGAGUCAUACCGAGGUGACUCGUCCAGCCGGAGCGAUCCGCCUCGUGCCGGGAAAAGUAGCAAGUCUCACGGCGGCAAUGACGGUGCCAAAAACAAUGCAGCGAAAAGGAAUUCAUCGGCGGCUGUUUUCCCGACAAGCACGGUGUCGUUGAUAGAACCGUUGGUGCCGUUUAAGGAUGUUGCGAGUUCUGAGAAGAUGAAUCUUUUUGUGAGCAAAUUGAGUCUUUGCUGUGUUGCAUUUGAUUUCACCGAUCCUGGUAAGAACAUUGCGGAGAAAGAUGUAAAAAGAAAAACUUUGGUUGAACUUGUUGAUUUUGUUUCUUCUUUUGGGUCUGCAAGGUUUAGUGAACCUGCUAUUCUUGCAAUGUGUAGAAUGUGUGCUAUUAAUCUCUUUCGUGUUUUCCCGCCAAAUUAUCGAGCCAAUAAUCGAGGCGGUGGUGGUGGUGAGAAUGACGAUGACGAACCGUCUUUUGAUCCUGCUUGGCCUCAUCUUCAUCUUGUUUAUGAAUUGCUGCUUAAAUUUAUAACAUCUUCUUGCCUUGAUGCUAAGGUUGCAAAAAAGUAUUUUGACCAUUCGUUUAUUUCAAGAUUGUUGGAGUUGUUUGAUUCCGAGGAUCCUAGAGAAAGGGAUUGUUUAAAGACAAUAACGCAUCGGAUUUAUGGCAAAUUCAUGGUUCAUAGACCUUACAUUCGGAAAUCGUUUAACAAUGUGUUUCAUAGGUUUGUGUUUGAGACCGAGAAACAUAAUGGGAUUGCUGAGUUGUUGGAGAUUUUUGGGAGCGUGGUAAGUGGAUUUGCUUUGCCAUUGAAAGAGGAACACAAAAUCUUCUUGUGGAGAAUUUUGAUCCCUUUGCACAAGCCUAGAAAUAUGGGGGCUUACUUCCAACAACUGUCUUAUUGUGUUACACAGUUUAUAGAGAAAGAGCCUAAGUUGGCAAGCAUUGUGAUAAGGGGUAUGUUGAAAUAUUGGCCAAUAACACAUAGUCAGAAAGAGGUGAUGUUCCUCGGUGAAUUGGAAGAAAUUUUGGAAACAAUUAACAUGGUUGAGUUCCAAAGGGUCAUGGUACCAUUGUUUUGGCGAAUUGGAUGCUGCAUUAGCAGUUUGCAUUUUCAGGUAUCCGAAAGAGCCCUUUACUUAUGGAACAAUGACCACAUUGUCAAUUUGAUUGCUCACAACCGUCAGGUGAUACUACCUAUCAUAAUUCCAGCACUUGAGAGAAACUCUCAGAGUCACUGGAACCCAGCAGUGCUCAACUUAACUCAUAACGUUAGAAAGAUGUUCAUGGAGAUGGAUGAGAAUCUGUUCCUUUCUUGUCGAUCUCAGUUUAAGGAGGAAGAAGCAAUGCUAAACACUGAAUCUGAGAAACGGAAAGAAGCUUGGAAACAAUUAGAACAUGCAGCCAGUCUCAAACGUAAAAUCGGAAACACUGCAGUUUUAGUGUCUUCGGUUUUAUAA